CGGCGGCGAUAGAGAGGAAAGAAUUUAGAAUUUAGGGUUUGGUGAGAUUUUCCAAGAAUGUUCCUGGGAGAAGGCACUAAUGAUCGCGCCUACGGUCGUAAGGGAUUCAUUAUUUUUCCUGAUCCACCGUACCCAUAUGAGCCGGAACGUGUAGGAGCUCUUUACUAUGAGGAUGAAGGCGAUCCAGAUGUCUACUUUGUACCACCGGUGGAGGAAUAUGAACCAUCCUUGCCCUCUUCACAAUCACCAACUGACAGCUGUCAUGAACAACCCGAUUCACCAACAUAUGAACCAAUGGCUCCGGGAGAAUUGCCGGAAUGUGAUGUCUACAAAGAUAUAUGUUCUGAUCCCCAGAAGGUAGACUGGGCGGUUCCACCUAUGGAAUUCUUGGCUGAAGUUGGACUUGGUUGCUACAAUCUGCAAAAGGGGACAAACUUUCAAUUUUCGGAUGAUCCACAUGACUUCCAGUAUCUGUAUCAUACCGGCUUUGAGGAUCUUACCGACUUUGAGGAUCAUACCGAUGCUAAAGCAUCACAUUCUUUGAUAAUGCGCAAUUCCACUUGCGAGUUUGAAACAAGGGCUGCCGUUCAAAAAGAUGAAGAAGAAGACUGUUCCUUGAGUUUGAUUACAACGCUCCACAGGCCGCAAACUCCAGAGGUGGAAGGUGACACACUUGCCCCGGAUGAUUUCUUCAAAGGUCCUAUGCCAGAUCGUUUGCCUCACGAUAGGUGGAGGCUCGGUAAUAUGCUUAAUAAUCCGAAAUUCUACUUGUUGAGGAAAUCAGAGAUGGAAGAACACAAGGAGUUGUUUCUUCUGUACGCGGAAAUCACAUUGUUCUCCCACUGGGAAUCUAUCAGGCUAAUGGAGUGGGCAAAGCCAUUGGAGUUAUUAUAUGUAAUUGUGCAAACCCGGGAGCCGAAGCUGAAGUUGAAGGCCAAGGCGGAGAAUGCAAACUUCUACAUUACCUUCUCAACCUGUCACGGUUUUCCCUUCCAUGCUGUCAUAAGGAGAACAACGACUGGAAAACCAAACCAGAUGUCGCUUGAAUUCAAGAUGUUGAUGUGUUAAGAAGUACCCUAUUGUCCCAUUAUGUAUUUAUCAUGUAAACUAUCGAUCUGAGAGUUGUUUCUCCAGAUGGUGCUGUGGCUACAUUUUAUUUUCUCAAUGUUUCGCUUGUUGUGUGCUACUCGUGUAAUGAGUUAAUGACUUCUUUGUUGCUGUAACUUUGAUUUGAAUGUCAAGAGUGUUCGUCCUUUGUCUGUCCAUUGGCUCUAAUCUUUAUAAAACCAUUUUACCAAU